CCAGGUCUGAAUCUUGUGAACAGUGAUGUUCUAGCUUGUUGCUCACCUUUAAAUUCACAAGUGUCCAGCCUAAUCAAUGGAGAAUAUGGACAUGGUGCAGGUCAAUUUCAGUGUAGUGACUGUGGAAAACGUUACAGCUAUCAAUCUACCCUUCGGCGUCACGUGAAGCUUGAAUGUGGAAAGACACCUCAGUUUUACUGUGAUCAUUGUUCUUAUAAAACUAAACGUAAAUGUGACCUUCUUAGGCAUUAUGGAACGCAGCACCAGGUAGUUGUUGUGGAUAUGAAGACCUGAAGGUGGUUCUUUCUCUGACAAGUCUCUUUACAUACAUUUUUUUAAAUGUGACUUAUGUGAUUGUUUAGAUUUGUGCUGUCAUUUUCAGGGUGAAGUACCUGUUUUGUCGUGAUAUGCUUGUUAUGUACAGGAUAUCUGUUUUGCCCCGUUUUAGCAAAUGUGUAUUCUACCCAGCAUGCAAUCACAUGGAGGAUACAGGCUAGUAUACACACUCGCUCCAAUGGGCAAAGAGAGCACCCUGUAUUUUGAGCCAUGUACUGUCCACUGUACCCACAUUUUGUGCAUCACAAUAAAAUAAAGUGUGGAUGUGCAAAAA